CGGAAGCAAACCGCAUCGCCUCUCAGUCAGUCGCGGGCUCCUGAUGUUUUGAAUUGGUUUAACUCGUUUUUUUUCGGUUUUCCUGCAAACAAAAAGAUGCAAAACUACGACAGAACAGAUUUCAGCCCCAAACCUGUGACGGCAGGAGACAGCAGAGGAAAUGAUGGAUCGCUGUUAUCUGUCCUGAAGACGCUGCUGUUCUUUACCAUCCUGAUGAUCACUCUUCCUAUUGGACUAUACUUUGCAUCAAAGGCGUAUCUGUUUGAAGCGUCUCUGGGCUACUCCAGCAACGACAGCUACUUCUACGCUGCCAUCGUGGCGGUGAUCGCGGUUCACGUGGUCCUGGCGCUGUUCGUCUACGUGGCAUGGAACGAGGGAUCACGGCAGUCGAGGGAAGGGAAACAGGACUGAGGAGAGGUGGAGCGAAAGAGCGAGAGAGAGGAGUGGAGGAAAGAGAGAGGUUUUUAUUACGCUAGGAAGAGAAAAUAAGAGAGAUGAAGGAACGAAACUCAGUGCUGUAUCAACUGAUUUGUUAUGGAAGGGAGAGAAACAGUGUGAUGGUGUCUUAAACAGGAACGUUCUAAUGCACUGAGGAACAUCUAUAGAACGUCUGCAUGUGUUUACCUGAACUGUCAGUCAGAGGAAGGAAGCUGAACCCUUGACCUUGUCCAGUGGUUCAGGAAAGGUCAGAGGUCACCACGAGGCCUGGGGAGUGGUCUGUGUUUGUUUGUGUGACCUCCAGACUCAGUUACAACUAGAAGCUGGACAAUGCUGGGCAGUGCUAGAGUAACUUUUUGCUGGGGAAGCAUUGAUAUGGGAAUUUUGGCAUCUGAUUUUUUCCUGUAUACGCUUGUGUGCAAAAGUUUUGGCACCCCAGUUAAAUUCCAAUUCCAUGUUGUUUUUGAUUAUCUGUGUGUAAAUAAGUGAACACAUCCUCUAAAUGUAACUUCUGCACAUUUUAAUACUGUUUACUUGCUGAAUUUGACACACUGGGAGCAAAAUAAACCAUAAAAUGAGGCUCGUGCAGAAAUUACGGUACAUUUGAUAUUAUAUGGUUUAUUUUUUUACUGUGUUAAACUCAAAUAUAAAUUAUGGAGAAAAAUGGCAUAUAUAAGUUCCUUGUAGAGGAUGUGUUACCUUAUUAUCAUGUAGAAAAUCAACAAAACAUGCAGUAUGACUUGGGGUGUUCAAACUGAUGCAUACAACUGUAUUUCUGUGGAUAUAUGAAAAUUGAGCAACUGGAACUACAUAUACUUAGAUUAGCAUAAUAGAGAAACCAAUAUUUAUGUCUGUGGAGUUACAAAUAUAGGAAAUGAAUAAAAUGCAGAUAUUUCAGCGCAGUAACUCAGCUUUUUGCUCUUUCAGAGUACAAUAAAUACAUCAAGCAUCAGCUCAAUAUGUCCGAUGCUAAUAUUGCUUAGAUAUCAUUGGGAAUCCCUGCUUACUAGGCCAAGAGUGUUGAUCCAGGAUCAGGUUUGCUUUUUAUAUUCUAGUUAAUGCGCUCAAAUCCAACAAAUAGGACACUAAAUCAAGCGCCUCCUCAUACUUACAAUGUGAUCUAUAUGUGCUGCAUGUAAUGUACCAUCAGUUACCAUAAGCUUACAUUUAAGUGUAUAUUCCUAUAGAAAGGAAAACCUGCUGACCUGAAACUCACUUAUUAUAGAAGUCAAUGCGCAGAUGCUGAACUGAAGAAACGAAUGAAAUACAAUGUCCAAAAGUUUGUGGACACCUCUUCUUAUUAGUGAAAGAGUGCAAAGAAAAGCAUUGACAGUAGAACAGGACGCUUUUGGGCAGCCACACAUGAGCCUAAGGUCACCAUAACCAAUGCCAAGCGUAGGCUAGAGGGAUGUCUAAAACCCCCCGGCAUUGACCUGUUGAGCAGUGGAGCUGCGUCCUCUUGAGUGAUGGAGCUCCAUCCAAUACCUUUGGGAUGAGCUGGUGUUCCAGAAAUGACCAUCUAACAUCAGUACCUGAUCUAACUGAUCCCACUGCUAAAUGCAGUCAGAUCCUCACAGCAAUGUUCCAGCAUUUAGUGUACAGCCUUUCCCAAAGAGUAAACUGUAGUUACUGCAGCAGAGGGAGACAAACUCCUUUAUAAUACUCUUGAUUUUGGAUAAGCAGGUGUCUGCAAACUUUUGGCCAUAUUGUGCAUGUCAGUAUAUCGUUCAAAACUACAGCCACUACAGUUUAGAGCUGUUCUAUGAAGUUUUAUCCAGAAGUAGUUCCGGUCGCUUUCCCUAAGGUAAUCGAGGAAAACUCCACCCUCUCCACCACAAAUUAUUCCCUGAGGAAAACUAGUUCCAUCUCUGAUAGAAUCAGUUAUACAUUUACAUUUGGUGCACAAUUUCUGUUUAUUUGAGUUUCAUGUAGUGAAAAAAAAUUAAAAAUAAAACAUGAUACACAAAAUGUUCCAUAUGUUUUACACAGGAGGCACAUUUUAUGUUUAUGUAUGUCCGUAUGAUAAAGUGGAACCAAUUUUGCAAAAUUACUCAAUCAUUUAAUGGUUUAAACAAAAUCAGUGGUUCAGUGUGAAAUGCGCCUUUCUAGAGAAAUUUGGGUGGUCUAGAUGAAGUUGUUCAACUUUGGUAUUUGUGUGUAGCUUCAAAACAAGUGGCCACAACUUCAGGAUUUCUGUUACUUGUAAUGGCAACUGAAAAACCACACCAUCCUGUAUUUUCUCCAUUUAUUUUUGUGUCCUAGUUCAGCGCAGUUCACCACCACUCUGAACAACUGUGAUUUAUCACAGCUCCACUGAUAAAUACUCACAUAGCUACCUGUAAUACAUGUACGGCAUUUGGCAGAUGCUCUUAUCCAGAGCGACUUACAAAGUGAUCAUUUUACACAGGUAGGCGAAGGUAGAGUUAGGAGUCUUGCCCAAGGACUCUUAUUAGUAUAGUGUAGGGUGCAGCCUAGGCAGGGGAUUGAACCCCUGGCUCCAGUGUGGAGGGCAGAGGUGUUGCCCACUACACUAUACCAACCACACAUAGCUAAGUUCUGAGUUUUGUUGACACCAUGUGACGCAACGCCGCCAACCCACACAACACAAAAGGCGUGCAGGGCAGAGAGGAACAUGUAGGGCGUUGUGAGGAAAAAAUAGUACCCCAAGAAAGCAUUUUUUUUUUAUUUAAUACUGUUUACCAUUAUCAACAUGACAUGUAAAACCUACAAGACACAUGUAAGAUCACUGGUCAUUUUGGAUAGCAGAUAAAAUAUGAUAUCUGUAGUGUAGACAUACGGACGUCUGGUUCCUGUUACUACAAUGGUGAACUAUUCUGACUCUGUAAGUUUCUCUAGAAAGGUGCAUUUCACACCGAACCACUCUGAACGGUUUUGUUUACAUCUGAAACCAUUGAAUGAUUCAGUAAUUUUGCAAAAUUGGUGGAGUUCCCCUUUAAAUUCAGCAGAUAAGCAGUAAUUGUGCAUUAAAGUGUGCAGAAGUGUGUUUACUGUAGCUUAGCGGAUCAAAACAACGUAGAAUUUUCAUACGACUGUACAGCGUCAUUUACAGAUGCUUCUACUGUGAGUGACCUCCGAGUUGAUGCCCUUUUCUAAGUGCAGGAAAAAGCCAAAUGACUGUCUGCGGAUGCAGCAGAUGGAGAUCAUGUUGAGAAAACGCUGGAGUUUUCCUUUAAAUACAGCCACAAGAGGGCUUGGCAGAACUGUAGCUCUCUCAUCGUGUGGAACGGCGUGAAUUAAAAGCUUGCAUUUGGGAUAUUUACAUUUAAAUGGCCUUUAUUUGCAGACAUUAAAUAGCAGUCACUAAUCAGCAGCCCCUCCAGGCCUGAGUCAUCGGCCCUCCUGGCAGAUGUUUAAAGACUCCAUGAUUGGGUUUGUGUACGUUUAGUCUUUCGGCAGGAUUUUCCCAACGUUCAUGAGACGUUUUGCUCGAAUCCAGAACAAUAGCGGCAUGAAAUCAUAGGAGAAGCUUAUUUAAUCUUUCAAGAAGCCCUAAUUAAGAGAAGAACCGCCGCGUUUGAUGGCAGCCUUUUAGCCGACGUCAGAGAGAAAUCGGAGAAAUCAGUGUUUGGGCCGCGCUCCACUUAUGUGAAUCGGUUGCCACGUCGACUUCUGUCCUGUUUCUCCGUGGCGAUGUUGCAGCAGCCAAUCAGAGACUUGGAUUCAAUUUCAUAUCAAAGCGCACAGUUUAGAAAGACUCUCAAACUGUCAGUUUCCAUCGCAGCCUCUCGCGCUGUUUAUCACUUCUGACACGUUUAAAUGAGAUCAGAGAGUCACUUCAAAGCAUAGCAGAAGUGAUUGAUCUCCACUGUGCUAAUUAAAACGCUCUUUAUUCUGUGUUGGACGUUUAAGACAUUAUUUCUUAUCCCUUGUUCUCUUAGAAUAGUGUUGGAGACUCCUUAAAGGGAAACUCCACCAAUUUUUCUAAAUUUCUGCAGAAUUCACUUGUUGUGAAAAGUCAUUCAGAGUGGUUUGGUUUGAAAUGCUUAGUUGUGGAGAAACUUACCAACCAACCAAACCACCAGUGAACCUACAUGUGUCUUCUGAGUUGUACAUGUAAUGCUGAUGAUGGUAAAUCAGUGAUAAAUCUGAUAAAACAAGUUUUCUUUGGGGACUAUUUUGCUUUACAAUGCCUCGCAUGUAUCCCUCCGCCAUGAAUGGACUUUUAAAAAUGCCUUUUAGGCCAAAUUUUUCUCAGAACUAUCAUUAACAAUGACAUCAGGCAGUGAAUUCAUAACUAUUUCAUAUAAUAACUUUCUGUGAGGGAGCUUUUAGAGGUGGACGUCUGGUUCCCAUCAGCACCACUGUGUCAGUGUAAUUAUGCAGAAAAUGCAAAAAAAUCUAUGGAUGUUCCCUUUAAUAGUUUUUGUCAUUAUAAUAUGCUGUAAUGUUAAAUUAUGUUAAAUUAUGUUUGUUCCCAUCUUAUUAUUUUAAUUGUUUGAUGGCGAUACGUGUACAUCAGAUUUCCAGAUUGUAAGUUACUGUAUUUGUUGUUUUGUUUUUGUUUUGAAGGAUUUUUACAUCGUUUCUUUACUUAAUAAAAAAGUAAUCAAGUUUUUCCAAGAAAAAAAAUGUUCCUUGCAUUUCAACAUGUGAUCCCAAAUAAAUCUUUUUCCACAAUCUA